GCCCAGAACUCCCUUUGCGAUCUCACCCGCGCUCCUCUCUCUCCCUGGCCCUCCGCCGCUGCAGUCCGCGCCGCCGCCGCCGCCGUGGCAAGGCACGACGAGGCAGCAGCGCCGGGCGCCUGGGUCCCCCGAGUCCCGUGCCCCCCGCCGCUCGGCGGCUCCGUCUCUUGGCGCCCCGCUCCAUCCUCACCGCCCCGGGGUUCGUCCCUAGACUCCCGUCACUCGGCCAUAGCUGUUGUUGUGUUCCCAGCUCACGGAUAUGUCGGGUCCAAGAUGGAAGAAGGGCAAGGACGGCAAGAGCUUUGCAGCUCUAGCAGCAGCUAACCCCAUGUCAAGCGUUGUCGCUGAGCUCCAGUCUUCGCUGAAAUGCUCAAAUUCCGUGGCAACUUUAUCUGCCCGCGGCGGGGACGCGAUUAUCGGAGUAAAGCCUGAGCAAGGCGUGCUUCUUAACCGCGCGGCGUUUGGCCGUGCGGUGGAAAAUGCCGGAGCAGAGAGACAGUGGUUCCAGCUGGGCCCUGAGGAGGUCUUCUACCUUUGCCAUGCUCUCAAGUGCAUUGCAGUUGAGUCGGAGAACAAGAAGCAGAUGAGUGAAGGGGAGCUGUGGGAUCGCUUGUGCUCCGCGUCGGAGUCAUUUCCCGAGAUGUACAAGGCUUACUCACAUCUCAGGUCUAAGAACUGGGUGGUGCGGUCAGGUUUGCAGUAUGGUUCGGAUUUCGUGGCCUACCGUCACCACCCGGCGCUCGUCCACUCAGAGUUUGCUGUGGUUGUAGUUCCAGAAGGAGUAGAGUUUGGGGCUAGGUGUGGCCGCCUGAAGGUGUGGUCUGAUCUACUAUGCGCACUCAGAGCUUCAGGCAGUGUGGCCAAGGCACUGCUAGUUCUGACCGUUUCCAGCAGUGUCUGUGAACUGAGCUUCCCAGAUUGUUUAGAACAGCUGGUUGUUCAUGAGAGAACAAUUACGAGGUGGAUAGCCCAGCAGUGUCGUGAGCAGCGAUGUGAACCGUGCAGAGAAGAAGCAAAGAAGGAAGAACAAGAUGACAGAAGAGAAAGUGUAGUUUUUAGCUAUUACGGUGUAAUACUAGGCUUCGCAGUUCUUUCUACCUUUCUUGUAUACAAGCUGAGAUUCUGAAAAUAAAGCUUAAUCUUUUCUGAACUUU